GUGUUUGCCUGCAGAACUGAAGGGAACUUCCUGCUGGGCGGGAAUGGACGGGUUCUGGCGUAACUUGCAGAUGGCCAGCCAGCAACUUGUCGGUACAGCAACUCCGGCGUUCGACCAGCCAUGCACUUCUGCUCUGCCACUGCAAACUGUCUGCCGUCUGCUUGGGAUAUGGGCAUCAGCUGCACCCUACGGGACCUCGCCCACCUGCCUAAACCCUGUCCCCUGUGUCCCAUCACACACCCUGUUGCUGGCGUGCCAGCGUGCCAAAAUGGGCCGGCAGAAGUGCAAGGUUUGGGCGCUCAAUCAUCCAAUGCUAUGUGUACAACCUUGAGGAUUCUGGGACAAAUUCCGCUAUUAUCAUUCAGGCUACCGCGAAAGAACAUAACCAUCAACACCGACAUCAACAGCGACCACGCACUGUGCAAUUCGCGACCGCUUUCAAACACCAGUUAGACAACCAAUUAUCUCAAAUACACUCUAGUAGCGAUGCGCGGCGCUGGAAAUGUCGUAAGGUUGAUUGGCGCGCAGUGCGGGCGCCACGCCGAGCGCGCUGCUGCCUGCGCUGUUGGAUCUGGCGCUUUGACAAAAGCUGCAUCAUCAUGGGCGAGCGCGGACGCGGCGGGAGCGGCAACAGGCAGUCGGGGCGCCAGGACUGAGGCCACGUCGACGGCAACGGCAGGGAUGGCCGCCUGGCUGUUGGCAGCGGGCGCCGCUGCGCAGACAGCUGCCUUGGCGGAUGCCCCUGCGGCGCAGCAGGCUGGCGGCCUGGCGGCGGCGGGCGGCCCCCCCGGCGAGCCUCAGACCAACCACCCUCUUGAGUACGACCCCGUCACCAACGAGCACACCGCCAAGAUGACGCUGGCCCGCACCGCCGCGCUCGAGCUUUACAACGCCGGCAAGUACGCGCAGGCCGAGGCCAAGUUCCGGGAGGCUGCGGCGGAGGCGGCUCUGGGCUUCCCCGCCGGUGACCCGCACAUCGCCUCCACCAAGAACAACCUGGCGGAGUUCCUGCGCAACACCGGCCGAUGGGACGAGGCAGAGGAGCUGUACAAGGAGGCGCUGGACCUGCUGGACGCCAACUACGGCCCCAAGCACUGGCUGUACGUGAGCGCGCUGCAGAACCUGGCGCUCAGCUACGAGGCGCGCGGCGACCUGCCCCAGGGCAUCGCCACCAUGGAGCGGGUGCUGGGGCUGAGGCUGGAGAUGUUCGGGCCGCGCCACUUCCUGUACGCUGACUCGCUGUUUGCGCUGGGCCACAUGCUGCGCAAGUCGGGCAGGGCGGCGGAGGGCGUGAAGCUCAUGAACGAGGCCGCACGCAUCCUGGAGGAGGCGGAGAAGGUGCAGGCCAACGUGGUGUUGUUCUGGCUGACGGAGAUCGCGGGCUGUCACGUGGGCGACGGCCGCCCUGACCUGGCGGUGGGGCCGCUACAGCGCGCGCUGGGACACAUGGCGUCGGAGAAGGGCGACGAGGCGGCGGCUGCGUCGGCGGUGAAUGAGCAGCUGAUUGACGUGUUGGUGGGCACUGGCCGCGUGGUCGAGGCGGUGGCAGCGGCGGAGUCGGCGCUGGCGGCGCGGCGCAAGCUGUUCGGCGACACGGCACUGGUAGUGGCGCAGAGCGAGCUACGGGUGGCGCAGCUCGAACUUCUGGAGGAGCACAUUCGCCAGCAGCGGCAAAAGGAGCCUGCGGCGGCUGAGGCAACGGCUCAGCCCGGCCCUUCGCUGCCGCUGCGGGCGCUGCAGCACACCGAGGCGGCCUCCCGCAUAGCCACCUUCACCGCCGACGAGUGCAGCCGCGGCACCAUGCUGGCCGGCCCGCCGUCCGACAAGGUGGUAAAGCGGUUGCGUGCGGCCCACACGCUCGGCAGCGCCGCCAAAAUGGUGGCCACACUGGCAGGUGUGGCAGACCCCGGUGCCGCCGUGCCGGCGCUGCCCGCCCCCGGUACCUCCGCGGCCGGGAAGGAGCCGGCCGCCGGUUCCUCCCCCUCCGCCAAGUCGUCCUCGUGGUGGCCCUUCGGCGGCCGGGCCAAGUCGGCUGCCAGCGAAGCUACGUCUAAGAAGGCGAAGCCGGUGGAGGCUGCGGCGCCUGCAGCUGCUAGCAGCGGCGGCGUGACGCUGUCCACGCAGCUGCCGGCUCUGGCGGCUCCGGUGGCGGAACUGCCGCUGGCGGACCGGCGGCUGGAGGAGGCGGCGGCGGCUCUGGCGGGCGCGGCGCAGGCGGGCAAGGAGCUCAUGCAGGCGGUGGCAGCGGGGCGCAAGCAGCUGCCCUCCGGCGUGAGCGGCGACGAGGUGGCCGGUCUGCUUGUGGAGGUGGCGCUGCAGCAGCUGGAUGUGCUGGAGCGGCUGGGGCUGGUGCUGCAGGCGCGCGUGGCGUCGGGGCAGCUGGGCGCGGGCGGCAGCGCGCCGGGGGCCGCCAACACCGACAUAGUGGCGCGGCACCGGCGCGUGCUGGAGCAGCAGGAGCGCGUGGCGGCGGAGCUGCUGGGGUGAUGUGUGUACCGAGCUGUUGCGAGGCGUAUUAGGCGGUGAAGAGCAGCUGGUGGUUGAUGGGGCAAGGCAUGAUGGAACGUGGGAUUGUCGGCA